UAUCGCUACGCCAUCGUUUCACUUGAUAGCUACGUGCUUGACUUAAAAUUGCUUCUCACAGCUUUCCAAACGUACAACCGAGCCGUGCUAGGUCUAUGCCGCGACAGGAAGACAAGACAUUUCGAGGACAAUUUUUUUCGUUGUUUUACAAACAACAACCACGAUAAGUUUGCGCCUCAAUUUUAAAUUCUCGCUUCAAUCAUUACAAUUAUUAUGCAUCUUUUGAUUCCGGAAAACAGCCGAAAAAUCAAAAGUUUGAGGCUUUGGCUAGCCUUUGCUGCUUUUAUCUUUUGUUUGAUUCAUUAUUCUAUCACAUCGCAUGGUGUCAGUUUUUUUGCAAGUUCGAAAUUACCCCAGCCAAGUCCAAGUGUACAGAAUGAACUUUCCUCUAUUUCAAGUUCAAACCAUAAUAUGAACUCAUCUCUUGUCCCCGAUAUUCCAAAUGAAUAUUCAAAUUCUGAUUUUCUUAGGUUAGCGUUUAAAUCAGUUAUUUUACUCGGUUGCAUCCAACGAGAUUCCGAAGUAACAAGUGCUUUGAACGAACCUAUUCUACUUCUAGACCCAAAAGACUGCAUGCUGUUUUGCGCAGGAAGACACUUUUCGGUUGCCAAUUUUGGACAGGAGAAGAACGAGUGUUUUUGUUCUAAGAAUAAAGGUGUCAUCGCAGAAUGCGCACCUCAAAAUUAUCAGUCGUUUCUUCUUACUCCUCGGGUUGUUCCCAUUAUACAGAAUCGCUCUUUUAUCGGAUGCUACGAAGACAACUCAAAGACAUGGAAAAUACCUGCUCAGCAUACAUUUUACAUGCAGCAAUUUGUGAGGUUUUUCAACAGCGACCGCUGCAAGCAACUUUGCAAUUCACUGCAGCUUUCUGUAGCAGUUCUAAGCCGGAAAGAAGCAACUUGCUCAUGUUACAGAGCAAUAACACGAAUAAUUUUAUCAAUUCAAGAUUCGGCCUCCGAUCCCAAGGCUUGCAACAAUGCUGCUUAUGUUACCGAACAUGGAAAGUCUCGUUGUAAAUUUGCAACGUUUCUGGACCCGAAAAAGCCAAAAAUUCCUCGAGUUGCGUUAGUUACAGUGCCAGGGUCAGGCAACACGUGGACUAGAAUGUUAGCCCAAAGUGCUACGGGAAUUUUAUCGGGAAGUGUUUUCAACGCGAUGCAGUGUUACGAUCAAGGGUUAUACGGAGAGUUGACUUAUUGGAGAGAUAAGACUACUUCAGUCGUUAAGAAUCAUGAUGUGACGUCAAAUUUCCUUUCGACCAUGAAAAAAAUCAUGUUUGUCGUCCGCAGUCCCCUCAAGAGCUCUAUAGCAGAGUAUAAUCGAGACUCUUUCACUAGUCAGACUGGCAGGUUCCAAGACGUCAACUCUUUUCUGUUGGCAGCUCGAAAAGGGCGGAGUUACAAGAAUUUCAAAUCACUGUUUGAAGCGAGCUUGAAAAAACUAGACUUUUUGCCCAAUUUGCAGUCAACGCUCAAAAACCAAUGCUUUUUAUUUCCUAUGAAGAUAUAGCAGACAAUAUGUUGAUACAGAUUCUGCGAAUCAUCCAUUUCUUGGAACUGGACGACGACUAUGAAACUCACGAUCGAGUUUUUUGUACAGUAUUAAGCCAAGCAGAAACAAGACAAAAGAUGAAGCGCCACUAUAAAGUAGAUUUUUCAAAAGUCGCAGCUACUUUAAUCAACACAACUUCUGCGAAAUAUAAACUGACAGUUAUUAAUGAACACUUAUUGCAAUCAAAGCUACACUACCUAAGACUACCAUACUUCUCAAG